GACCAGCCCUUAUAAAAACAUUGAGUUAUCUUGGACUAUUAAGUUGUUUGGCAUCCAGAUGAUUCAUAAACUGGGGAGUCGUUGAACACUUAUGUGAGUGAGCAAUGGCGUUUUAACGCCCCAAUUUUGGGCCGAUUUUUGCCAGUAGUAUCUGGCAAGCCUGCUGUGCUCAUCUGUUAUGUUUCGUGGAUAGAAUUGACUUUUUGUGUGGCGAUUUUCCGCCAUCCAGCCGCAAAGCUGUCCUUGAUUCCACACACAAGUGUCCUAUCAUCUUAUUUGUACCGAUUGGAACAGACCUGGAAGAGGCCUACUCUUCAUAAUGACCUCGUCCCCUCCGGAUAUUCAUAGCCGUCAUAGUCUGACUGGUUUCUAUCGAACCCCCGUGUGUAAAUGCAUCAUCUCGUGGCUGGGUCUCGCCCAUUUGGGCAUGCAAAUACCUAUGCUGGGUGGGCUUCAAAAGUAUUUCAUCUGUCGUUUCCCAGAUGUGGUCAACAAAGGCGAAUGGUGGCGUUUAGCGAGCUCCAAAUUGGUGUGCUUGGAUACCAAAGAUGCGGUUUUGGCCCUUAUUCUGUGUUAUAAAUUUCGAUUGUUUGAGCGUCGUUGGGGAUCUCGGCGAUUUGCUUCCCGUAUUUUUUUGGCAUUCAUUUUGUCCACCAUUUUGGAGGCUCUCGCUGUUUGGGCCGGAGAAACUUAUUGGAGUGACCAGAUAGAUCACAGAUCGUCAUGGCUCUGGGAUAGCAAUGGACUGACGUCCUUAGGACCCUUGGGCAUGAUUUUCUCUCUUCUUGUUCCAUUCGUAUUGGAUUACCCCAAAUAUCCUGGCGGUGGAGGAUUUAGGUUUGCGUCGAUCUCACCCGAGUUGUUCACUUAUGUUGCUGUCAUUAAUCUGAUCACAACGAAUACCAAUGUUUUGGCUUGCAUUUCUGGAAUGAUGGCGGGUUUAAUCAUUCGAUGGAAUGUUUUAUGGGUCAAAACUUGGUGUAAUAUUCCAAGCUUUUUAAGUUCUCUCAGUUACAAAGUUUUGGGUCAAUGGAUUGAGUCCGGUCCUCCGCCUCAAGGCAUGAUUGGGGCAACUUUAGAAAUUCAACGAACUCAAGAGAUGGAAGCCAUGGAGCAACAUAUGAUUCAACAACAGACUCGGGCAGCUGGGAUGCGCAACAUGCAACCCCAUCAAAUCCCGAGGGCUCAAGUUGGACAAGGCUUUGCUGAGCGAUUGGUCAAUGACAUGGGACAUGGACGGCAGUGGCAACCCAAUACAGUUCCGCCAUCUGAAGAAAACAUCCGCCUCCUCAUGGAUAUGGGAUUUACCCGAGAUCGAGUGGAAAACGCCCUGAGACAAGUGAACAAUGACGUUCAAUCGGCAACCACGUUACUCGUUCAAGGGAUGUGAUUCAUGUCUGCCACGUAUUAUCGUUCACAAUUUUUAGAAACAAAUAUAUAAACUCUUCCUAGAA